GUGGUUCAUGGAAUGGUUACUUCGCAAGCUUGGCAACAUUUGUUCGUCAGCCCUGGUUUUCGUAAAAAACAAAUGUUUCCCUAAAUUAUUCCUUUAUGUUGAACAGAAUGUCUGUUACAUUUACUGUGAGAGAAAAUCCACACUGUCUAGUAUGCAGUUCAAGGGUAGGAUAUUCUACACGAAAUUCGGUUCAGAUAUUCAACAAAGACAGUUUAACAUGUAGAGAACGGCCUCUAAAGGAUGUUAUAUCAUAUAUUUUGAAUAUGGAUAUAAAAGAAGAUACAGUUCAUUCAUUAUUAAUAUGUAAGAAAUGCUUUAAACUAAUUGAUGAAUUAGAAGAACUGGAACAGAGACUGGCAGAUAUAAAAUCUGAUUUGAUAGAUAAUUACAAGAAAUCACUACAGGAGACUAAAUGUGAAGUAGAUAUAUCUAAUAAAAAAGAAAAUGAGUCAGUACACUUACCUAAGACUAUAUUAGAUAUUCCUUCUUCUGAUGAUGAUACACAGGGAACAGUUGGAAAAAUGGACACUCUGACAGAUAUUGAAAUGGAAUUAGAGAAAAUACACGGAGAAGAUUCAAGUGUUAAAAUGCAAAAUGUUACAUCUCAACAAAAAAAUUUUCAUAAUUAUCAGAACAUAAAUAUUGUUAAUUCAGGCACUAUAAAUAAUUCAGAAUCAAACUUGGAAGCAAGUGAAAGUUCCAAAAAUUUAAUCAUUAUUUCUAAUGAAAAAGUUUUGGAAAGAAAGGCAGGCAGUGCUCAAAUUAAGGUGGAACCUGAUACAGAAGAAGCUAGUGAAAAACCAUUAAUACUGAAAAAGCGGGAUGCUGAGAAAAUUAAAAAAAUUAAAGAAGAGGCCCCAGUCUCAGUCGUGUCUCGAGAAGGUGAUCUGUACACAUGUUUGUUAUGUGAUGGUGAACAAACUGUUUGUGGUGCUGCCAAAGCCAUAAUACAGCAUGUGAGAAGCACUCACGAUUCGCGACUUUACAUAUGUGAUGUCUGUGGCCAGGACUUCAGAAAACGUAACGAAUUAUCCCUGCAUUUGGACGAACAUGUUGCCACUGAAGAGGGCGAUUUCCAGUGUGAAAUUUGCAACAGGAUUUUCAGCAACUUGCGCUUAUUUAGAAUCCACAGACGUAUGCAUUAUCCGCAGAAUAAAGCAUGGACGUGUGAUAUUUGUGGAAAAAGAUACAGUUCAAAAAAUCUUCUUGAGGAACAUAUUAAUACACACACUGGAAACAGACCAUAUAUUUGUUCGCUUUGUGGUAAAGAUUUUGCAUCUAAAUAUACAUUCAAAGCGCACGAGAAGACUCACGAGGUCAGACCUCGACCGUUCCAAUGUCAGCAGUGCAAUAAGUCUUUCUUGAGUCAGCAGAAUUUGACACAACAUGAGCGCACUCAUUCUGGCGUUAAAGAAUUUGCCUGCCAUAUUUGUGGUAAACAGUUUGGCUCUGCUCAUAAUUUGGAGGUGCAUUCGAUCGUCCACACUGGUUAUAAACCUUUUAUUUGUGGUCUUUGUGGCAAAGCAUUUGCGAGAAAGGCGGAAAUACGCGACCACGAACGCACCCACACUGGCGAACGUCCGUAUCAAUGCGAAUUUUGUGGUGCCACCUUUAGCCAACGAUCGAAUUUACAGUCGCAUAAAAGAGCCACCCAUUACGACGACAAACGGUAUAAAUGUCAAGAAUGUGGCAAAGGAUUUAAAAGGAGGCGUUUGUUGGAUUAUCACACGAAAGCGGCACACACAGGCGAGCGUCCUUUCAAAUGUAAUGUUUGCGGUGCUACUUUCGUUUAUCCUGAACAUUUUAAAAAACAUCGUCGCAUUCAUACGGGGGAGAAGCCUUUCUUGUGCGAAGUAUGCGGUAAAGCAUUUAACAGUCGCGACAAUCGUAAUGCUCAUCGGUUUGUACAUUCGGACAAGAAGCCGUAUGAGUGUUUGGUAUGUGGCGCGGGAUUUAUGCGCAAACCUCUUCUUUACCAACAUAUGCAGUCCCAAGGUCAUCUGAACGAUACUAUCGUUGUCAAUCAGCCCCGACUUACCACCGACGACGACCAAAUUAUCACGGUGAAUGCCGAUGGUGAAAUGGAAAUUGUGGAUGGUGAACAUAUUAGCAGUUUGCAAGCUUUGGAGGGAAUUGAAGAAGAGGGAAAUGAAGAUACGAAACUGUUCAUCACAGAACAUGUUCUAAUAGAAGGUGGUGAUGUUUUCGGUAACUCGAAAGGUACUCUCGUAGUAAGCGAUCAGGUCGACGAAGACAAUAUGGAAGAGUCAGAGACCGUGGGACAUAUAAUUAUAAACGGACAGCAAAUUCAGUUCACGAAUGAUGGCGACGAAGAGGAGACAGGCGAUGGAGAAGAUAACUCGGAUAGUCAUCAAGUGUUAGGACCCGAAGAAUAUCAAGAAAUAACAGAGGAUAUGUUUAGUAGCAGUCGCAGUCAAAUAAUUCAAACGUCCAGUGGUCCAGUGCAGUUAGUGAAGGUUCGAAUUCCUAACGAAAGUGGCGAAGAGGAAGAAGCUUGGAUUAAAAUAGUGAAUUAAUAAAUUAUCUUUGCAAUCACCGUAGUUAUAUUAGCUUAUUUAUACUUCUUGUAUUAUAUUUAUAUUUAAUUUGACUCUGUAGUACUAUUAAAUUAAUUCAUUGUUUUAUAAUUAUUUAAAAAUGUACAUAGCUCAUAAUAAA